CCGCAAUGUUCACGACCCCUGGAUCCGCUGCUUCUCCUUGGAUUCGGCUCCCGCAGCUGGAGCCUCCCAACCACCACCAUUUCCCAUCAUCACCACCACCACCGCUUCGUGUGGCUCCAUCACCAGCCAUCCGCGUGUGCUAGUGCAGCGCAGUUGAACCAUCAUGGCUCUCUCCCACGCGCCGUACGUCUGUUUGCUUUUAUUUCACACGUCUCCAGUUUUCCUCUGUCCCCCCCUGGCUCCUCGUACACUCGGUCGACAUUUGAUAUCCCCCAUAUUCCGUCCUGUCCAUGUCCGUUGUCCAAAGCUGCGCAUAUACCUACAUCUGCAUACACCAGCACACGCAUCACCCAGUCAAGCGUUUUUCCAGCAUCAUCCUCGACAGAGUCUUCAGACACAAGCACCAUCUCGCUCAUCGUCGGGAUGCGCCCCUCGGUCCCCAUCCCCCUGCUGUUGUCCGUCUCUACGGCUGCCAACGCCAUCCCCCUCCUUGAUCGUCUGCUGCAUCUCCGUGACGCGAAGCCGUUCAAGACCUACUCGGUCGUCAACGUCGCGGGAAGUCCCACCACCGACACUCCUGCCGUCGUCACCGUCACCCGGUCGCCGGUUCAGGUCACCGUGACGCAAAGGGUCACAGAUCCCGUCCCAGACGCCUCAUCUGCCGUCCACACAACAUCCACAUCCCUCAUCAUCGUCAAUGUUGACGCUACUACGGUUGAAGCAUCAUCUACCGUUACCGUCUACCCGACUGUGACGCCCACCCCUGAAUCAAUGCCUCUCUCACCCACAACAACCUCGAUAACGCCGCCGCCAGCUUCACCUCCGCCGAGCUCCGCCGUUCCAGAGACGUCUUCGGCGCCUACAUCAGACGUUCCUGUGUCCUCUCAACCUACCGCCUCGCCCACGAGCAUUUCUGCCCCGUCAAGCUCUCCGGAUCUCUUCCAGAGUUUGGCACCUUCGUCAAGUCCUCCUGUUGCGGUGCCUCCUCCUUCAACUGAGACAUCGGUUGUUCCGAGCGCAUCGCCGUCAGCACCCGCGAGUUCCUCGACACACGCGGUCGAGCCGCCGCCGCCGUCAACCGAGACUCAAGUGGUCCCCAGCUCAUCACCAUGGGCGCCUGUUGUCUCCUCCACUGCCAUCGUCCUCCCUCCUCCGUCGACGGAAACAUGGGCCGCCCCGAGCGAGCCGGCAUCGACACCAGUCGAGCCGUCCACUGCCAUCGUUCUCCCUCCCCCGUCGACGGAAACGUGGGCCGCCCCGAGCGAGCCGGCAUCGACACCAGUCGAGCCGCCGCCACCGUCAACCGAGACUCAAGUGGUCCCCGGCUCAUCACCAUGGGCGCCUGUUGUCUCCUCCACUGCCAUCGUCCUCCCUCCCCCGUCGACGGAAACGUGGGCCGCCCCGAGCGAGCCGGCAUCGACACCAGUCGAGCCGUCCACCGCUAUUGUGGCGCCUCCCCCGCCCACAGUCACCCCUAUUGCACCUACUUCCACUGCUCCGCCCGAGCAGUGGUCCCCGACCUUGUCUGUAAACACUACUUCGUCAUUGACGUCGUCGACAACAAUCCCACUAUCUACUCUACUCACCAGCACCACGGAGUCCAGUAUCUAUCCGACCCCCACCCGGGUCUAUGAGACGACUUCCCAAAUCACGUCGGAGCAGACCCCCAGCUCCCUCAUCCUACCAUCGACGUUCGUCACCAGCGUCGUCAGUGUUACUACACCGUCCCCCGUCCCAACUUCCCAAAGCUACGACGAUGGACACUGGAAUCCCAGCAAAUACCCCGAGUGGACAGGCACCGCAAGUGCGACGCCCCGCUACCGCCGGUGAAGUAGGCCAUCUACAAGAUCCCUGAUGAGACGGCUCGCGCAACGUGUAUGCUUUAUGUGUUCUCUCUUAUCCUUUCGCCACAUGGCGUCCCCUUAGCAUGGCAUGGCGUAUUCUGGUUUUGAGUAAAACGAACGGUGCACGCUCACAUGGGCGACUUGUACUAAUGACGCCCGGGAAUAAUGGAUCGUUAAAAGAGGGAGACGCCGACCUCAGACUGUGUGUGGAAAGGACUCACAGCAGCAUAAACCAAGAGCUGGAACGCGCUGUUAUCCUCGGUUUUCUUUAAUGUCUGUAAUCACAUAGAGUGUAGAUAGUUCAACGAGGAGUUGC